UCUUCAUCAUUGAGCAGCAUUAGUCGAUUUGCCUCUUUUUAUUAUUGUUAUUCUUGCUAACCUUUAUCAGGUUUUUGGUUAAUUAAUAAUGUGAAUUAAUUAUUUUAAUUUUUUAUUCAACUGAUUCUGGGUGUAUUAUAUAACAGUGAACCCUAAGAAAGGGUAAAAAUAGAGAAACUAAAAGCUUUCUCUUGGUUUUUUUCUUCAUCUCCAUCUUUAAAAUAAUCACAGCAAAACAACAACAACAACAACAGUAACAGCAGCAACAACAACAUUACCAAACCAUCAUCACCCUUUUUGUCAUCAUUCUCAUUUAAUCAAAAUGUCAAAUUUAACUGAUAUUAAGUGUUUGUGUAAAAAUUUACCGACCUGUGGAACCGAUGAAUCAUGUAUAACGGAUGGUAUGUGUUAUACAUCGGCCCAAAUGAGUAAAGAUGGUUCAAUAAGCUAUGAAUUUGGUUGCGUGGCCUACAAUAAGCUAUUUCCACCAGAUAAACCUUUUUGGUGUGAGAAAGUAGUUGGUACACAACCUGAGUAUCCUCGUCAAAUAGAAUGCUGCAAAAAUAUAGAAUAUUGUAAUCGUAAUCUACAGCCUACUCUACAGCAUAACCCAGCUCUGCCUUCAACAUUACAAGAUUCUCAGCUUUCACUGGAUGUUUUCAAAAUCGUCCUAAUGAUUGCGAUACCUUGUAUCUUUGUGUUAACUCUUGUGAGUGUAUAUUUUGUCCGUAAACGUACCCGGGAUCAGAAAACAUGGCGAUAUCGUUCUGAUCCUGAUGGCAGCUUAACUUCGGGUGAACCUCUCAUUCAAUCACAAGGCAGCUCAAUCAAAGAUCUCAUUGAAAAUACCAGUUCAGGGUCAGGAUCAGGCCUUCCAUUGCUGGUCCAGCGUACUAUUGCCCGCCAAAUUCAACUUGUCGAGAGUAUCGGUAAAGGUCGGUAUGGUGAAGUGUGGAAAGGACAAUGGCGAGGUGAAUCAGUGGCAGUUAAAAUAUUUUCAUCUCGAGAUGAACGAUCAUGGUUUCGUGAAGUUGAAAUUUAUCAAACAAUUAUGUUACGACAUGAUAACAUUCUUGGUUUUAUUGCAGCUGACAACAAAGACAAUGGUACUUGGACACAGCUUUGGCUUGUUACUGAUUAUCAUGAAAAUGGGUCUUUGUACGACUAUUUGUAUAAAAAUACCGUCGAUGCUGCCGGUGUCGCUCGUAUGGCCUAUUCUAUUGCCAAUGGCCUUUCUCAUUUACACAUGGAAAUACAAGGAACUCAGCACACUUUGCGAAAAACUGAGCAAGGAAAACCGGCAAUUGCCCAUCGAGAUCUCAAAAGUAAAAACAUCCUUGUUAAAUCAAACGGAACUUGUGCUAUUGCCGAUCUUGGGUUAGCUGUAAGAUAUGAUUCGGACAAUGAUUCGGUCGAUAUUCCACCAAAUCCUCGAGUUGGUACUAAACGCUAUUUAGCUCCCGAAGUUCUCGAUGAAACAAUGAAUCCAAAUCAAUUUGAUGCGUAUAAAAGAGCCGACAUUUACGCACUUGGACUUGUCUUUUGGGAAAUCUCGCGGAGAUGUAAUAUUGAUGGUGUUUACGAAGAUUAUCAAUUACCCUAUUAUGAUAUGGUGCCUUCUGAUCCAUCUAUUGAAGAAAUGCGAAAAGUGGUUUGCAUUGAUAAGGCUAGGCCAGCAAUUCCGAUAAGAUGGCAAUAUAAUGAGACUCUGCGUGUGAUGUCUCGUCUAAUGAAAGAGUGUUGGUAUGCCAAUGCUGCAGCUAGAUUAACAGCUUUAAGAGUAAAGAAAAGUAUUGCUGCUAUUGAUGCUCAAGAGGAUCUCAGAAUGAACGUGUGAAGUGACCAAAAUCACCACAAAAUUAAUUUUAGAGAAGGAAAAGGUGCACGAACUUAUAUAAAAUGUACAGUUCAAGGUGUAGUUAUCAUCAUUGAUCAGAAUUUGUGCGCCCAUUUCAUUUCUCUUCGGUUUUCAAUCAACUCUGGACAUAAAUCAACUUAACGUGGACUCCCUGAAUCCGAAAAUGUAAAAUUUCGCAUAAAUAUUGCUAUAUAUUUAUAAAUAUUUACUUUUUACCUUGUGUUCACAACUCAUGGAGAGAUGGAAACACGAAAAAAAAACAAAAGGAGAAAAGAGAAAAGGAAAGGAAUGCAUUUGAUGACAAUUGAUCAUCACAAAGAGAGACAAAUGUUAUGGAUGGUGAAUCGAGAGUUAAUAAUCAACAAAUAUACACUUGAUGAAUUCCAUACAAAAAAUCCAAUUGAAUGGCAAGAAGAACAUGAAAAAUUUUUGUUAAUCAAUUUUAUUAUUAACUUUCCUCCCUAUGAUUGUGACUUCUGCUUUACAAGGACGGGUUAUACUGCUGUUUUACCUCAAAACUCUCACAACUCUUUUUUUCUGACUCCAGGAAAACCUUAAACCAAUCAUGUUGAUGUAAAUCUUUGAUUUCAUUGCUACUGUUUCUCAUCAUCCACCAAUCUCACUGCGAACAAUUAAUUACUGGUAACUUAGCCUGUUGGUCAAAUUUACUCCCCACCUAGAAUCACAUCAAUUCCUUGCUGGAUCAUUUCUUUCUCUUUGCGCUCCUAUGUAAAUAUUUUUGGAUUACUUCGUCACUUUCAUCAUCAUCUUUUCUCAACAUUAUUCUCAUCUGUAUAAAUAAUUGUCACCUCUCAUCGUCAUGGGUUUCAUCUAAUCACAGGAUAUCAUCAACAUCUAACGCCUGGACAUUUACGUGUAGACAAAGCUUAAAGCAAGAACCGAUCAUUUUUUGGGAUCGUUAAAACCAAUCAAAGAUAUGUUUGAUAAGACAAAGAAAUUUUGGAAAUUUUUGAGGCAUUUAUGAAGAAAAGACAUUUGAGCAAUACCCAUCUUGGCGAAAAUACACUGCAGAGAAACCAUUCGAUUUUGGUUCGGUUUCUCAAGGAAGAGUUAGAUCGCAAUUUCUCCGACUAUUUGGUUCAUAAUUGGAAGAUUAGACAGAAACGUAGAAGACACCAAACAAUUUUCUUAUUUUGAUCAACAUCUUUACAAUUUAUUAUUGCUUCUACCAUUUGUAUAAUUCAAUGAUUAUUUUUGUUUUGCAGAUUAAGUAUUCUUUAGCGGCUAAGCUUUUGACUUGUUUUUGCUGGGAUAACCUUUGCUCAACGAAUACCAGAUUGUUUGGAAGAGAAAAAAUGAAAGAAAAUCAUCUUUUGAUUAUUUUCCCAGCGAACUGCUUGGCUUUAAAAGUCUCAAUCAAGUUAUUUACUAAAACAAAAAGACACGAAAAUGUACAAAACAUUUUCAAAUCUAUCUCUAUUUUUGUCUUUCUAAUUUCAUCUUUACGUUGUUAAAUCAAAUCAAUGAUGACACGAAGGGAAGCUCAUCUGAUUUGCUAUUUUAAAUCGCAAUUUGUCUGCAGUUUCUAUCUCAAUCAUGAAAAAAGACAAAAAAAAUGUUUAUUAUUAUUAAAUUUGUUUCUCUUUUUCUCAA